CUAUCACCCGACGGUGAACCCUUUAAUCGAACGUAAUUACUCGUGAAAUUUCGUCGGCACAAGCGUAUGAGUGGGCGGAGCAGCUCGGUGCGGGCGGCUCCCACACGCAGGGCCAUUUUCUCCUGACCGCACAUAAAUUCACUUAGCAUCGAUCAACAGCUUAGGUUGAGGCAUUAAUGAGGAAAAAACCAGGAAGUUUAUUGUUCACCAUGCGUAUUAUUACCCACAACAAAUCAAAUAUCUAUUUCAAGGGGUGGACUAAUGACUGUUGACGGAUAUCGAUUCACAUGAACAUGCGCACGUAAAUCUUUUUGGGAGAAAAGAAAAAUCAGAGAAAAAUAAAGUAAGACAACUUUCUUGAAUGAAAUACAUGGAAAAAAAGCUACUGUUUGAUGAAUGAUGAAUGCAAACAUUUUUUCCGAUCGACUUGAGACGGAAUUAGGUACACCCAUCGCUUUUAAGCUCAGCUCAACAUAAUCGAAAAUAGAUUUCUUUGUAGUAAAACUUUUAGAUGUAUCGUGGGAGGUUGUUUUUUACAUUGGCGUUGUUAAACAAAACUUUUUUUUUCCCUUUACAAGCAAGUGUAAUCUUUGUGUUCUUAUAUUUUUAAUAUGAAAUAACCAGAACACAACCUCUGCGUAAAAGUAAUUCGUCGUAAGUUGAUAACUUACCCUAGUGACAAAAAAAAAAAUUUUACCGUUCAAAUUUAUUGCAAUUCACCACCGCCAACUAGCGGGUAAUCUUCAAUGCCUCUCUUACUCUGCCUUUUUGUAGGGAGUUAUCAGUGUCGAUUAAAGAACAAUUUAGUUAACUAAAGAAUUUGAUUGAUAUACAACGUUUGUUUUUGUUACGACGAUCUCGAACUCAAGUGACGUCUAAAUUAAUGUAUUUCAGUGCAUGUUGCCAUUAUUUUGUAUUUUCAUCAAAAGUCUAACCGCUGAACUUUGGUCUGUAAAACGAGAGCCCACCUUUUCCGAUGUUCCCCAAAAUUUGACCGGGGAUUGACGUGCUUGAAACGGACAACAUCCCUCGAAUUCCCUAGACGUGAUUUCUUUCUAAGGGCAACGUAGAGUCUUCAAGAUUGUAAGAAAAACCAAUUUAUAUAUAUAUGGUCAUUAUAGUGGCGUGCAACCCAGAUUCCGAGAAUCUCAUUUUCCAAAUGGCGAUUGAAUCAUCAAUGAUUUUCCAAAUAUGCAUUGGGGAUCAACACUUUGUGAAUUGCCGGCAGCAGCAGCAGAUUUCCAUGGGAAAGGGUUUCAAUCAUCUCCAUCUGCUGGGUGGGGUUUCCAUUUUUUCUUUUAUUUCCUCCCAAGUUGAAUGAGGAUCUCAUCGCCGAGUGAAGGAUUUUCGUGGAAAUGAGGCCAGCCUUCAAAUUUUCGAAAUGAUCAAAUGUGGUGACACAACCCACACAAAAAGAUAAAGGACUAUGUGACGGCCGUCUCGUAUUACUUCACCGAAUCCAGAUGUCUUCAUUUACCCGCUUCAGCCAUUGGUUGUUCUGCGAAUUCGCCAUCUACUUGGAUAUAUUCUUGGGCUGAUGGAUCCUGCGCCAGCAGUAAAACCUCCCCCCUCCGGAUGACUGUGAGGCACUGUCGAGAGCAAAGACGCCGAGCGCUUACGGUUGGCUCCCUUCAGUCGCUUCUCGCCAUUCGGUCGCUUCAGGAAGGGCCGGUGAUCAAUUCCAUCCGGAAUCAUGGAUCUCAUCUGCUCGCAAGCCAUCAACGACACUCUUACCGCCCUGAGGAGCGGAGUGAUGAUGGCCAACGAGACGCUGGAUGAAUUGGCGACCCUGGAGAACACGUUGGGAGCCAAUUGUACCGAUUGGUGGUUGUCGAACAUCAAUCGGACGUCGUCCGAGUUGGACGACGACGACAUUUCAUCGGCUUCCAUCAAUUCGACUUACCUGGACCGAGAAGAGAAUCCGUCGUAUUUUUCCAGAGACUAUCGCGUCGUCGGCACCUUUUUCCAGGGUCUUAUUCUGCUCGUCGGUGUUCUCGGCAACCUCCUUGUCGUCAUGGUCGUGUACCGUACGCGCUCGAUGCAUUCGCCGACCAAUUGCUACCUGGUGAGUUUGGCGGCCGCUGAUUGCGUCGUGCUCAUCGCUUCCGUGCCCAACGAGAUCCUCUCAUAUUACGUCAUCGGCAGCCAAUGGAUUUGGGGACCCAUCGGCUGCGCCGUCUUCGUUUUCCUUCAGAAUUUGGGAAUCAACGCGUCGUCGUUGAGUUUGACGGCGUUCACGGUCGAGCGGUACAUCGCCAUCUGUCACCCGAUGAAGGCCCAGAGCGUCUGCACCGUCAAACGGGCCAAAAAGAUCGUGGGCGGCGUUUGGGCUUUCGCUUUCUGCUACUCGUCGCCGUGGCUGGGCCUCACCGUCACCGAGCCCAUCCACUACAAAGGAUUUCAAACGGUCGAGCGCUGCGCCAUGAAACUCUCACGCCAAGAGUAUCUGGGUUAUUUCUUCGCCGACAUUGUGGUGUUUUAUUUGGUGCCACUUCUCCUCUCGUGCGUCCUCUACGGUCUGAUUGCUCGCGUCCUUUUCAACGGCCAUUUCAACAAAUACCCCGAGGUGUGUCGUCACGACAAUCAAUCGUCGGUCGAUCCAACCAAAAGCUCAAGGGUUCAGGUCGUGAAAAUGCUGGUGGUGGUCGUGGUAAUAUUCGCCACCCUCUGGCUACCCUACCGCGGCAUGUUGGUGUACAACAGUUUCGCCACCAUGUACUCGAAAGCAAGUUUCAUGGACCUCUGGUUCCUCAUGUUCGCCAAAACUUGCGUCUACAUCAACAGUGCCAUCAACCCCAUUCUGUACACGGCCAUGUCCAUCAAAUUCCGUCGAGCCUUCCAGCGAAUUCUACUUUGCGGGCGCAGUACACUCAACCAGCAGAGAUCUCCCGGCACGCAAAUGCGGCACCUCGGACACUUGGCCUGAAAAGAAACACAAAAACUUGAAGAAACCAUUUGCGUAAUCAACAGUACCAGGCAACCUGUGUGUGCGUGUGUUGAAAUAUAUUCCACCCGAUUUGCAUGGAUUGACGUAAAUUCUCCUUUUCUUUGGUAUUUGACUGUUUCAUAUAGUUUAUGUAAGAGAAGUGCGGGGCUUACACGUGAGCUCAUCCCACGUGAGACGAAGGUUUCUUUCUUCUUCUUCUUCUUACUGAUGAAAUGGAUGCCCACGUUUGUUGUAUGGAACUCUGCAAAGUCUCCAAGUGUACAAUAGGCACGUAUAAAAAAAGGCCGAAGGAGCGAUGCAUUGGGUUCUAUAUUUAUAUGUACAAAUCCUCAUCGGGAUUGUUGAAUGUUUGUGUAAAUUCUAUCAAAUUGAAUGCUCGCCAUUCAGAGACGCUCUCUUAUUAUAUUCGGUCGUGAUUCAUUUCGUUUCCACUCACUCGCGAGUACAACAAUCAAACGUUAUUCGUACGCUAUAUAUUCUACUCUAUACCCAAAUCUAAAUCACAUAUUAUAUUAUAGCUCCUACCUGACUCAUUGAUAUACGAUUGUACAUACACCUUGAUUUUAAUCCGUUUUUUUUCAAACAUGAGUGUGUCAUUUAAUUGUUUCAGAGCUUUGGAGAAAAUCAAUACAAACAUUUGAUCGUCGUA